AUGUCUCUCAAUAUCUUUUCAUCGCCCUUGUCCCGGGCUGCUCAUAUGAGCACUAAAGCCUUGUCGGGUUGCCGAUGGAACUCGACCUCUUCCACAGUGUCUACGAGCACUUUCACGUCACAACGCUCCCCGAAUGCUCAUGGACAGAACGUCAGAAACCUCGCGCGCCGUCGACUGCCGAACCGCCAGAAGUUCCUUGAAGACCAGAAAUCUCAGGGAGAAAGCAGAGUUUUGGAGCGAUUUCAGACCCGAGAAUGGAAGGCUGGUGAUAUCUAUGCGCCUCAUGAUCUGAGUCCCGUCGAGAUGAAGAAGUGGAGGAAGCGUUACAGUCCCUCCACAGAUGCAUUUGAUGCUCUGAACAUGAACCCUCUCGACCACUACAAGAACUUCUCCAUCAUGUCCGAGUACAUGACAUCGAUGGGCCGUAUCAAGCACUCCAGCCAAACUGGUCUCCGGCCGGUUAACCAACGAAAGAUCGCCAAGGCAAUUCGCAGAUCUAUUGGGCUCGGUCUCAUGCCCAGUGUUCACAGGCACCCCGAGAUCCUGGCGGCGGAAGCAAAGGCCAGGAUGGAUUCGGGCAGCAUUGCGUGA